ACCAAGGAAGGAGGUAUGGCCGCUGACGGCACGUCUACUUCAGGAGAUGCGGGAGGUGCGGACGGUGGUGGUGGGGGUGCACGUGCGGCUGAGCGACAGUGUGGUGCGAGACCCGCACGCCACCAGCAAGAGUGUCACUGCCGCCUCCAUGGCUGCUGCUAUGAAGCAGGCCGCUCCCAUCCUCGCCUGUGCCAAGGCAGUGGAGGACAUGUGGUAUCCCCCGCCUCUCACUGUACGCUGGAUGCUCAUCACCAACUCGAUUGACUUAAAGACGGCCAUCCGCUCCCGCUUUCCUGGCAAG